AUGUUCGCAGAUACUUAUGAAUCAGCCUUAGAAGCAGAAAAAAAGAUUGCAGCAACAUCUGAUUCUGAGGUUGAAUCAAGAAUUGGAAAAAGAAAAAUAAAAAAUAAUAAAUAUGAGAAUUAUGUCAAUUAUCCUAAUCCUCCGAGAUUGGUAUCAUUCAAGGAAUCUCAAAAAUCAAGUAUUGCAUCAGUCUCAACGCACACGAACAAGGAUGUUGAAUUAAAUAAUUUGCAAAUUAAUUUACAAGAUAUACAAGAUAAAGAUGAUAAUAUUAUCUUAGCAGGAGAUAACAUUGACGAUAUUCCAAUAAUAAUCCCUAGUGAAAAUCAUAUAGAUUUCAAUUUCACAGAUUUGGAAACAAUAUUAAAAAAUAUUGCAACUGAAAUUCAAAGUAUGAAAGAAAAACAAGAGCAAUUACUUUCAGAAAUCCAAGAAACAACAAAACUGAUCUUGGCUAAAAUAAAUAGUGAACAAUAUGGCAAAGAAUACUCUAUGCUAACCGAUGAUAAAAUCAGGGAAUACUUUCCCUUAACUUCUAUUCAAAAUUUCCUUGAUUUCGAUACUAUGUUAAAAAAUGAUGAAGAAGCUUUCAUGCAAGUAGUUAACAAAAUAUUACAAAUUGGCGGAAAAAAUGAGAGAGAUUUCAUUAAAAGAGCUUUGACUACAACAUUUGAUGAUAAUUUGGCCUGUAUAUGUUCAUGGACGGGACAGAAAAAUAAUUUUAAGAUUGGAGAUGCACGUAUCAUACUAAGUAUCAAAAAAGCUUUUAAGACAACAUUCCCUCGGAGCACUGAAAAGGAUUUCGAACAUAUUGUAAUGGAAUGGUUUCGAUUUGCUAACGUUCGCAAGCAAAAGAAGGAACUUUCAA